AUUUAUAUAAUCAUAUGAUAAUAAAGAAAUUAAUCUAAUCCAUCCAUUGCAAUAAUAAUAAAGAAAGACCCAGCAGAAGAGGAGCUGUUGUCAGUCCAAGCCAACAAAUCAAUCGCUGUAAUCAGAGCCACCAAUCGCGAAUUCUGAUGGGUAAGCGACGUAGCGGCCGCCGCCGCGCCGCCGGCGACUCGUCCGUCCGUCCCUCCUCCUCUUCCGGCGGAUCUACUGACCAUCAAAAGUCCUCAUCCUGCAAAUCCACCGCCUUUCAACCAACACGACUCUCCCAGCAGAGCGGGGCGGCGGCGGCGGCGGAGGCUUCGUCGCCGCCACCGCCACCACGGCGGAGUCCAACGGAGGACACUCCGGCUCUGAGACGGAGGUUGGUGGGCCUCAUCCGCGACUUCUACAUCGACGCCAUCUCACGCCUGCCCACUGCCGACCUCAGGACGACCCUCGCACGUGGCCUCCUCGUCGGCGGCCAUUGCUACGGUCCACUCCACCCCGUGGACAACAUCAUCGCCAACUCCGUCUGGUACAACGCCGCCUUCCCCCUCCGCCCCGAGGACAGAGUUGAGGUGGAUGUAAUCUGCACCCAAGGCACGGACCGCGCCGCCCGCCGCUCGCUUGAUGGAUUGGUUGCCUGCCUCCUCCACGUCUGCCCCUUCCUCUCCCCCACCAACGCGCUCUGGCAACUCGUUCGCUCCCGUGCAGAUCUCCGUGUCGCCGUCGCCUCCGCCUCCGCUGGUUCUGCCUCUGUUCAAUGUGCUAGACCAUCAUCAGUUCUGCGCUCCACGGAGCGAGAGGUUGUCAAAGCUGCCUUUCAGAUGGCUGCUGAGGCAGCAAAGCAUCCCAACCCUGCUGCCUUUGCUCUCUUUGCGUCAUCAGGGCUUCCUGAUGUCUCCCGUUUGCUAGCCAGCAAGCGCGGCCUCUCCAGUCUCGACAUCCGUCGCCUCUCCAGUGUUCUGCCGCAUUACCCCCUAGCCAACGAACUGUCCUCAUGCCUUCCUCCACCAGAUCCGAGCCCAAGGAUCAGCCAGUACAUCUCCACCAGGAAGAAAGGUGCCAUAAAAUGGUGUAAUUCGUUGCUUCAAAUAGUAGAUGCUGCACUUUGCAAGUUCGCCAGCAAAACUGGGCUACACUAUGAGCUUCAUACCAUAUAUGGUGAUAGCUUACUGACUGAUGAGGACUUCUAUGACUAUUAUCAUAUCAAUUUCAUGGGGCUACCAAAGGACGAUCGCAGCUCUAGUUCUGGUGCAGAACCUGUACGUGCCCUGUUUUUCUUUGCCGAAGCACCUCGUCCUGGACGCCACGACUUUCGGGAGGAGGAUAUCUCCAUUUGCUGCCUUGUUGAACCUUCACCACCGGAUGUUGAUAACUGCCACGCAUGCCUGGUGAAAAAAUACAAAAUCAAUCACCCUAGUGCUGAUCCUGUAGAUGACACUCAUGAUCUUCGCUUUGGUGGGCAUUGCUAUGGGACUGGUGCAAUUGAUCAUGACUGGAGUUUUCGGUCAACUAUGAUCGUCGACUACCUUUUUUUUGAUUCUGACAGGGAUAAUGGUCUCGUGGAAUACCUGCACAAUUAUUUUGCUCUCGUUGAUGCCAACUGUUCACGUCUUAAGGACAAAUGAAAAUAAUGGUCCUAAUAGAGUUGGAAGUUACUGCAGACAACUUAGUCAUGACCUGCCUUGGGUAAAAUCUAGUAUUUGGCAGAAUUGCUGAACCAAUGGCAAACUCCCCGUUGCAAGAUCCAAAGGGUUUUCUUUUGCCAAGUAAAAGGGUAACUCUGAAGGUGGGCUGCUGCUUUGGUACCACAAUAAUACUUUUACUUACCAAUCCAACCCUUCGUCACUGAGUAGCAGCAGCUAGAAGGUCUACUUCAAAAUAUCAAUUUGCAACAUUUAUGUUUAUUUAUGUCAAGCCUCCUGCUGGUUAGGCUCUAGUCCUUUUUGUAUGGUCAGUAUCGAUGGCUGUUAUGAAGUCAAUUAAGGAGUUACCGUGUCCUAGUUUGCUGGGCCAAUAAGGCCAUAUAUAGGGGCAUUGUUUCUUCAUUGUACUGAUCAAAAGCAAACCACAGACGAACCGGUUUAAUUUUUGGCACUGUGUUUGGGCAA